CAUCUCCGAGGAGAGACAAAGGCAGUUCAACCAACAUUUCCUUCAAUUUUGCUUUGUUUUUCUCUGUUUGUUCUCUUGUUUGGAGCUCGAGAUCGAAUGGUUUUGGAGAUUCUGCGCUUUUGAUUGCCAUUUUGGGUUUCUCGCUGCGCUUUUUUAGAGAUUUCUAUGGCGAAUUGAGAGCGGUUUUGUCGAGAAAUGUCUCGUCUUUGUAGUUUUUGAGCCUGCGGAUUUGGGAGCUCUGAUGUGGUGGCUGGGAGUUUGAUGGUGCUUGCUACUUGCGUCGAUCGAGGGUUUGGGGAGGCGGAAGGAUCGCUUUGAGCUCAAAUUGCUGGAAAAAAUGGCGUCGAGGUCGUACUCGAACCUCCUCGAGCUUGCCUCAGGGGAGCCGGCCUCGAUCAGCCAGAUCCGGCGGCGGAUCCCUCGCGUGAUGACCGUUGCCGGCAUCAUCUCCGACUUCGAUUCGGACUCCGACUCCGACGGCUCCUCCUCGGCCCCCUCUUCCCCCAGAGACCGCACCAUCGUCGUCGCCAACCAGCUUCCCAUCAGCGCCCGCCGCCGCACCGACGGGCGAGGAUGGGAGUUCUCCUGGGACAAGGACUCCCUCCUCCUCCAGCUCAAGGAUGCAAUCGGUGACCGCGGAUCCGACAUGGAGUUCGUGUAUGUCGGCUGCCUCCGGGAUGAGAUCCCUGCCGCCAACCAAGACGAGGUCAGUCAGGUCCUCCUUGAGACAUUCAAGUGCGUGCCGGCGUUCCUGCCGCCGGACCUCCUUGUCCGAUACUACCACGGCUUCUGCAAGCAACAGCUGUGGCCCCUCUUCCACUACAUGCUGCCCCUCUCCCCUGACCUUGGCGGCCGCUUCGACCGCUCCUUGUGGCAGGCCUACGUCUCGGCCAACAAGAUCUUCGCCGACAAGAUCCUCGAAGUUAUCAACCCCGACGACGACUUCGUCUGGGUGCACGACUACCACCUUAUGGUCCUUCCCACCUUCCUCCGCAAACGCUUCAACCGCGUCAAGCUUGGAUUUUUCCUCCACAGCCCCUUUCCCUCCUCUGAAAUCUAUAAGACGCUCCCCGUCCGUGAAGAGCUCCUCCGCUCUCUCCUCAACUCCGAUCUCAUCGGCUUCCAUACCUUCGACUACGCUCGCCAUUUCCUCUCCUGCUGCGGUCGCAUGCUUGGCCUCUCCUACGAGUCCAAGCGUGGCUACAUUGGGCUCGAGUACUACGGCCGCACCGUCAGCAUAAAGAUCCUCCCCGUUGGCAUCCACCUAGACCAGCUCAAGUCUGUGCUCAGCCUUCCGGAGACUGAGAAGAAGGUCCAGGAGCUUGUGGAGCAGUUCUUAGACAAGGGACGAGUCAUGGUCCUCGGCGUCGACGAUAUGGAUAUCUUUAAAGGCAUCAGCUUGAAGCUUCUGGCCAUGGAGGAGCUGCUCAAGCAGCACCAAGAGUGGCGGGGAAAGAUAGUCUUGGUCCAGAUAGCAAAUCCAGCAAGAGGACGAGGCAAGGGAGUGAAGGAAGUCCAAGCCGAGAGCUUCGCGACAAUGAAGCGCAUCAACGAGGCCUACGGCGAGCCGCCGGGCUACGAUCCCAUCAUCCUCAUCGAUGAGCCGCUUCCGUUCUCCCAUCGCAUAGCUUACUACGUCGUGGCGGAGUGCUGCCUGGUCACCGCCGUGAGAGACGGCAUGAACCUUAUACCUUAUGAAUACAUCAUUUCCAGACAGGGCAACCAGCAAUUAGACAAUGUCUUGGGUUUGGCCUCACCGGCGCAGAAGAAGAGCAUGUUAGUAAUAUCCGAGUUCAUUGGUUGCUCUCCAUCUCUGAGCGGAGCUGUCCGUGUCAAUCCAUGGAACACUGAAGCUGUGGCCGACGCCAUGGUCAAUGCUCUGGAGAUGAAAGAGCAGGAGAAGCAAUUCCGACAUGAGAAGCACUACAAAUACGUGAGCUCACACGAUGUAGGCUACUGGGCAAACAGCUUCUUGCAGGAUCUGCAGAGGACCUGCAGAGAUCAUUCGACGAGGAGGAACUGGGGAAUUGGCUUUGGAUUGGGAUUCAGAGUGGUUGCUCUCGAUACUAACUUCAGAAAGCUUGCAAUGGAGCACAUCGUGUCGGCCUACAAGAGAACAAGAACAAGAGCCAUCCUUUUGGACUACGAUGGCACAUUGAUGCCCCAGGCAUCGAUUGACAAGAGACCCAGCACGAAAUCGAUUGAGAUUUUGAACACUCUGUGCUCUGACAAGAACAAUGUGGUGUUCCUUGUGAGUGCGAGAAGCCGUGCCACUUUAGGCCAUUGGUUUGCUCCUUGUGAGAACUUGGGUGUUGCUGCAGAGCAUGGCUAUUUCUUCAGGUUGAAGAGGGAUGCAGGGUGGGAAACUUGUGUUCCAGUGGCAGAUUUUAACUGGAAACAGAUUGCCGAUCCUGUGAUGAGUUUGUACAUGGAAACAACAGAUGGUUCCAUGAUAGAUGACAAGGAAACCAUGCUUGUUUGGUCAUACGAGGAUGCGGAUCCUGAUUUUGGAUCUUGUCAGGCUAAAGAACUUCUUGAUCAUCUGGAGAGUGUGCUAGCCAAUGAGCCUGUUUCAGUGAAGAGUGGUCAGCAUAUAGUGGAGGUCAAACCACAGGGUGUGAGUAAGGGUUUGGUGGCUCGGCGCCUUCUUUCGACAAUGCAAGAGAGGGGCUUAACACCAGACUUUGUUUUGUGCAUUGGAGACGACAGGUCUGAUGAAGACAUGUUUGAGGUGAUCACAACUUCCAUACCAAGCACUUCUUCCCUCACCCCCACAACUGAAGUGUUUGCCUGCACUGUGGGUCAGAAGCCAAGCAAAGCGAAGUAUUACUUAGACGACACAGCCGAGAUUGUUAGGCUGAUGCAAGGACUGGCAACCGUCUCCGAGCAAGCACUGAGAACCCAGCAAAAUGACCAGAUUGAUACUUGAACAAAUUUGGAGCAACAUUUUUUUGUUCUACGAGACAAACUUAUUGUGAUCAGUAUUGUUCUUUUUAGUAGGUAUUUGAUUGCAGUUUAAGGAAGAUCUUCAGUUAAUGUUUUGUUGUGUAAUAUUUAGGUUGGUGCUUGAUCUCCAUGUCAGAGACAAAGAUGAAAUAUAUGGCCAUGUUGUUGCUGGAUUGCCUAUUCAA